CAGGGGCGGAGUAGGGCGGGGCGGGCGGCAAACGCAGCACUUUCGCGGCUUUGACAAGCCCGCAGCGGCCGGGCUGGAACGCUGAGCCCGGCCGAGACUGCGCCAUGCAGGAAGCGCCAGCUGCGCUGCCCACGGAGCCAGGCCCCAGUCCGGUACCUGCCUUCCUCGGCAAGUUAUGGGCACUGGUGGGCGACCCAGGCACAGACCACCUCAUCCGCUGGAGCCCGAGUGGGACCAGCUUCCUUGUAAGUGAUCAGAGCCGCUUCGCCAAAGAAGUACUGCCUCAGUACUUCAAGCACAGCAACAUGGCGAGCUUCGUUCGCCAACUCAACAUGUAUGGUUUUCGGAAGGUGGUAAGCAUUGAGCAAGGUGGCCUUCUCAGGCCAGAGCGUGACCACGUUGAAUUCCAGCAUCCAAGCUUCGUGCGAGGCCGGGAACAGCUACUGGAGCGCGUGCGCCGCAAGGUACCUGCGCUGCGAGGCGAUGACAGUCGAUGGCGUCCUGAAGACCUAGGCCGACUGCUGGGAGAGGUGCAAGCUUUGAGGGGGAUGCAGGAGAGCACGGAGGCACGGCUGCAGGAACUCAGGCAGCAGAACGAGAUCUUGUGGCGAGAAGUGGUGACCCUACAGCAGAGCCACAGCCAGCAGCACCGGGUCAUCGGCAAGCUAAUCCAGUGCCUGUUUGGGUCACUUCAAACAGCGCCCAGCAGCACAGGAACCAAGAGAAAGCUGUCCCUGAUGCUCGAUGAGGGGAACUCAUGCUCGGCCUCUGCCAAAUUCAAUACCUGCCCCGUCUCUGGUGCUCUUCUCCAGGACCCCUACUUUAUCCAGUCGCCUCUCCCAGAGACUACCCUGGGCCUCAGCCCUCACAGGGCCAGAGGGCCCAUCAUCUCUGACAUCCCAGAAGAUGCUCCAUCUCCUGAAGGCCACAGACUUUCUCCCUCCAGUGGUGGCAGGAGGGUGAAGGGCCUGGCACUGCUCAAAGAAGAGCCGGCCAGUCCAGGGGGGGAUGGCGAGGCCGGGCUGGCCCUGGCCCCAAACGAGUGUGACUUCUGCGUGACAGCACCCCCACCGCUGCCUGUGGCUGUGGUGCAGGCCAUCCUGGAAGGGAAAGGGAGCUACAGCCCUGAGGGGCCCAGGAGUGUACAACAGCCUGAACCCAGGGGCCCCAGGGAGGUACCUGACAGGGGAACUCUGGGAAUGGAUCGGGGUAAUCGGAGCCCAGAGAGUCUGCUGCCCCCAAUGCUGCUUCGGCCUCCCCCUGAAACUGUGGAACCCAUAGCACCCAUGGAUGUGCUGGGCCCUAGCCUUCAAGGACGGGAAUGGACCCUGAUGGAUUUGGACAUGGAGUUGUCUCUGAUGCAGCCCUUGGCUCAAGAGAGAGGUGUGGCUGAGCUGACGGUCAAGGAGUUGAGUUCUUCAGGUGCAGGAAAAGACCACCCGCUGGGAACCCCACUCCUGCUGGAUGUCCCUGUGGAUUUGGAGGGUACAGCUCUGUCAGUGCCUGGGGCUUUAACCCUUUACAAUGCUCCUGAAAGCAGUGCCUCCUACUUGGACCCAGGAGCCAGUCCUUCUUCCCCCUGAGACUCCCACCCCUCUGAAAAAGCCUGGCUAAGGAAUCAGCACGCAGCAGCACACCCCUUUAGGCUUCCUGGAGUCCCCUGGGGGGAGUGAACGAAGCCCCCAUUUGCGGUACCCUCUCUCCACUACCCCAGUGAGUCUUGCAAUAUAAACUGCAUUCCCCCACUCUG